UGUAUCAUUUGGGGUGUUGGCUUUGAAACCUGUACAGGAGUGGGGGAGCUCGGUGAGAAUAGCAGGAAAUUGCAAGAGGGGGAAAAAAAAGAAUAUAUAGUGUCUUACUUGAGAGGUGGAGAUGUGCAGCUUGGUGGCCGGGCUUAAAUCAGACGAUAAAUACUGUUAUCUUUUGCUUGGAAAUUACCUAUCCCUUACAGGUAGUCCUCAACUUAUAACCACUUCAUUUAGCGACCCCUCAAAGUUCCCCCCAAAGUGACUUUUCGAUUGGUUUUCACACUUAACAACUUUUGUGAUAUCCUUGUGGUUCAUGCGGUCAAAAUCCAGGCAUGUAUUUAUGGCAUUUUCCCAGGGUCACAUGAUAACCGUUGGUCAUCUUCCCUGCUGGCUUCCGACUGGUCAAAUCCAUGGGACGGGUGGGCAGAGCCAGAGUCACUUAAUGACCGCACAAUUCACUUAACAACGGUUGCGAUUUGCUUCACCGUGGCUAAAAAAAGAGAGAGAGAGCUGCCACAUGGGGCAAAACUCCCCCAACGCGUGCUUUGUUUAGCAACAGUUGUUGUCGUUAAGUCGAGGACUGCCUGUGCUCUUUUGAGUGAAGCUGCCUAAUUUGGAAGCGGCAGGAAUGUGUAAGAGGAUCUACCACCGUGUGAGAAGGAAGUUGCCGGCUUUUUUCAUGCCAGAACAAAUGUGUUGUCACGUUUUCACGAAAUGGCCUAUAUUUCAGCUUGCAUCAGCCUUGUCUUCUCUGGGAUAAAAGUCAGGGAUUUGGGCAAGGAAGGGAGAUGCCAGCUGUUUGGAGCAAAUGUUUUUUUUUUUUUUUUUUUUUAAUAUCUGGAACGGUAUCUGGAGGCCAUGAAAAGGACCAGCUGUCCUUCAGUUGCCUACCCCAAGGUCACGAGAAAAUAUUAUGGCUCAAGAAACUAAUCAUAGCCAAGUGCCUAUGCUAUGUUCUACUGGAUGUGGAUUUUAUGGAAACCCCCGUACAAAUGGCAUGUGUUCGGUAUGCUACAAAGAACACCUUCAACGGCAGAAUGGUAGUAAUGGUAGAAUUAGCCCAUCAGCAACUUCAGUUAACAGCCUAACUGAAUCUUUACCAGUUCAAUGCACUGACGGCAGCAUUCAGGACGUUCCUUCAACUCUAGAUUCUACACCUGUACCAGCUACACAGCUAAGCCCCGUAUCCAGCCCAUCGUCCCUUUUAGCAGAAUCUGUGGCAACAUGCGAAGUGGAAAGUUCAGACAUCAUGGAUAAACCUCAAGGAGAAGAUGUACAAGCUUCAGCAUCAGAUAGUGCAGAACCUUCCUCGGAAGAACAAGGCAAAUCAUUUGACAAACCCAAACAGAAAAAAACUCGUUGUUUUAUGUGCAGAAAGAAGGUUGGUCUUACUGGGUUUGAAUGCCGGUGUGGAAACGUUUACUGCGCUGCGCACCGUUACUCAGAUGUCCACAGUUGCUCUUACAAUUACAAAGCUGACGCAGCUGAGAAGAUCAGAAAAGAGAAUCCUGUAGUUGUUGGGGAAAAGAUUCAGAAGAUUUGAACUGCUCCUGUAGCUGGAAUAUUAAAAUGUUUGACCAUCUGCAGAUGAAAAUUGACUUGAGCUUUUUCCUCCCCCUUUCACAAGCCCCGACACACACAAGUUCUUUCAUUUUUCUGGCCCAUCCCUGGUAGACCUCAAGAGGACAAGUGUCUCAAAUCAUGCAUGUCAUGCAGAAUCAUAGAAUCCCCCCCCCACACACACACACACUUCUUUUAGCACACAACAAACCUUUCCUUUGUUUUUAGUUCCUACAGAUGAAGACAUAAACUCUACCCAACCGAUCCACUAGGAAGGUGGGCCUUUGGAAACUGAUGGAUACCAUGGCUAUAAAAGUAUUAUCAUCAUUUUUUUUAAAAAAAAAAAUUGAGUGCAGAGGGCUUUUUCAAAGUUACGUUGGAGGGCAUCCGUGCUUUUCCCACUUCUCAUAUUAAAUGUGCAUGCAUUAACCCAAGACACUUCAUUUUUCAUUUUGUAUAUAGCUUUCCUUUCUCUCUCUCUCUCUCUCUUUCU